CCAGAGCUGCUGCCCAGCCAUCUGGCGGUCAUCAUGGAUGGGAACAGCCGCUGGGCGGCCGCCCGCAAGCGCCCAGCCGCCUUUGGCUACCAGCAGGGCGUCGAGGCGCUGCGGUCUGUUGUGCGGUGCUGCCACAGCUGGCGCGUGCCCUGCCUGACGGUGUAUGCCUUCAGCGCCGAGAACUGGGCGCGGCCGGCUGCCGAGGUGGAUGCCCUGCUGGCGCUGAUGGAGCGCACGCUGGCGGCUGAGGUGGCGGAGCUGGCUGCGCAGGGCGUGCGGCUGCGCUUCAUCGGGGAGCUGGGCAUGCUGCCGCAGAGCCUGCAGCGACAGAUGCGCAGCGCCGAGCUGGCGACCGGCGACAACAGCGACCUGCACCUCACCGUGGCGGUGAGCUACAGCGGGCGCCAGGACGUGACGCUUGCGGUGCAGGAGAUUGCCCGGCUGGCGGCUGGCGGGGAGCUGCGCCCCGCCGACGUCACCCCCGCGCUCAUCGAGCAGCACCUGGCCACGCGCCAGCUGCCGCACGCCUGGCGCCACCCGGACCUGCUCAUCCGCACCAGCGGCGAGCGCCGCCUCUCCAACUUCCUCACCUGGGAGUGCGCCUACUCGGAGCUGUACUUUUCUGAUGUGAUGUGGCCUGACUUUGGGGAGAAGGAGCUGUUCCAGGCGCUGGAGGACUACGCGCAGCGGGAGCGCCGCUUUGGCAGCCGGCGGCGCCCUUAGACGACACCCGCCUUCCCAGCUUCUCCGCUUCUCUCGCUCGUCUCGGUUCCAGCCAUCUGUUCAGCCCACCAUCCGGGCCGUGGUGCGGCCCUGUACAUUGUCAUUUCUUGGCCUCCGGCCCGCUUGCCUUCCUUUAAUGAAUUCCUUAGCCUGGCAGUCCACUCCCUGAUUGCUUGUUUGUCCACACCACAACACUAGCGCAAACUAGCGCAUUGCCUGCAAUCCUGUGCCCCGCUGGCGCACCCCACGCGCAUCCCGCCUGUGCCCUCUCGGUGGUGCGCUCCCUUCGAGAUCCCUCAGGGCUGCAUUCCUAGGGCCCUUGACGCUAAUGAUGUCCUAUGGAUUGUUCAGUUCAGCCAUGGCCCUAUCUAUGUGACUGAACCAAGUGUAC